AUGGCCCGGACGCUGUGCCUCGUGCUGUCCUGCCGCGCCAUGUCGCUGGAGAAGGUCGCGACGCGGCGCCCCGUGCGCAUACACAAGACGUGGUCGACGACGGGCCGGAGCACCGUCGCCGCGCCGCCGCUGCACGCGCCGACGACGCCGAUGCCGCUCGCGCCGCCGGCCGCGGCGCCGCCGCCGCCCGCGGCCGUCGCGGCGGCGGCCCCGGGCUGGAGCCGGCAGCACUACGCGACGCUCGGCGUGCUCUACGUCGCCUACGCCGUGGGCAUGUACGCCAAGGGCACCGUGUCCCUCGCGAUCCCCUUCAUGAAGGAUACGCUGACCCACGACGACGUGAGCAAGCUCCUGACGUUCGGCUCCGCCUGCUACACGCUCGGCAAGCUCCUCGGCGGGCCGGCGACGGACUACCUCGGCGGCCGGCGCACGCUCGUCUUGAUGGCCGCCGUCCAGGACCACGUCGGCCGCCUGGAAGCGGACAAUGCGGCCCUCAAGGCGCGCGUCGCCCUGCUCGAGGGCGACGCGGCCGCCGCGCGCGCCCGGCAGGCGUGCGCCGCGACGGACGCCGCCCCGCGGGCCGUGACGCCGGAGGACCGCGAGCAGCUGCCGCCCGGGCUCGAGGGCCUCGCGCCGUGGUCCGCGGCCGUCGAGGAGCCCGACGCGCUCGAGGCCCUCGCCGCGGCGCUCGCGGCGCACCCGGAGGACGAGCGCUGCGCCGCGGCGCUCGAGGCCCGCGCCCUGGCCGCGGCGCGCGCCGUGACCGGCGAGUUCGAGCGGCGCGCGGCGGCGGACGGCGUCGUCGCGCGCUGCGACGCGGCCGUCGAAUCGGGCGACGGCGACUUCCGCGACGUCUACGGCGUCAUGUGGGACCGCGUCGCGCGGCGCUCCGACGACCUCGCGGCCUACGUCGCCGCGGCGGCGCCCUGCGCGGCCCUGGACGGCGCCGGCGCGGCCCAGCGCGCGGCGGGCGUCGCGGAGCUCGUGAGCGGCGCCGCGCGGACGAAGGAGCGCUUCGACGCCCACUUCCGCGCGCUCGGCGACGUCGCGGGCGUGGCCUGCGACCCGCCGGCGGCCCUGAAGAAGGUCGCGCGCAUCGUCGAGAAGGUCGUCGCCCUCGGGUCGCCCGCGCGCGUCUUCGACGUGCUCCGCUGCCUCGUCGUCGUCGACGACAUGGCGCUCGCGGCGGCCGCGCUCGGCCGCGUCGUCGGCGACGCCGCGCUCGACGUCGUGCGCGUCAAGGAGCGCUUCGUCGCGCGCCCGGCGGCCGGCGGCUGGCGCGACGCGCUCGUCAACGCGCGCUUCGCGGACGACGACGUCGUCUUCGAGGUCCAGAUCGUGCACCGCGAGCUGCUCGUCGCGCGGCGCGGGUUGCCGGGCCACGCGAUCUACAACAAGGUGCGCACGGCGCGCGAGACCCUCGAGAAGAUGGGCCUCUCCCGCGACGACCGGCCGCGGCGCGUCCGCGAGCUCCGGACCGGGGCCGGCGCCACGGCGGCGCGGCUGCGCGCGCUCGGCGUGUCGCUCGACGACCUCGUCGCGGCGCGGUGCUUCGACGCGUCCGAGCUCCGAGCGGGCGGCGCGUCGGCGCAGGAGCUGCGGGACCGCGGCGUGCCCCUCGCGGACAUCCUGCGAGCGGGCUACGCCCCCGAGGAGCUCAGGGUCGCGGACGCGGCGGACCCCGGCGCGCUCCUCGACGCGGGCUACGCCUGGGACGACGUCGCGGAGGCCUUCGACCUCAAGCGGCCGGACAAGCUCGCGCU